CCGUCAUUCAUUACCCUGACAUUAAAAAUACGUAAACACUAUUAUUGGCAAUACUAUAUAAGCUAAUAGAAAAGCGUAACAGGUAUCACUUGGCAGUCAUUGCCCAACAGAACCGGGAGAACAGAACAGGAUGAGAGCUACCGUCGCAGUUGGUUUAGUGGCGCUAGUGGUGGCCGUGUGUGCGCGGGACGUGCGUCAUAGAAGGGAUGCCGACUUGGAAGGAGCGGCUUCACACAAGUGGGAGAAGGGAGGCGGCGGCGAGCACCAUGGAGACCAUCACCACGAGCACGGCGGACACGGCGAGAAGGGGUACAAGGGCCACCACGAACACGAACAUGGCAAGAAGGGACAUUCUCACCAUGAAGGACACAAAGGUCACUAUGACGAGAGCGGUGGACACAAAAAGCAUCAUCAUCACGACGAUGGCUACUACGGCGAACAUGAACACGGCGAGAAAGGCGAGAAGGGUCAUGGAUUCGAAGAGAAGGGGCACUACCACAAAGGUCAUUCUACCAAAGGACAUCAUGGUAUUCACAAGCUAGACGAAUUUAAGAAAGACAAGCACUUCCACGACAAACACGGUGAGUCAGGUUUCGAGGAGGGUUACGGCGGUCAUCACCAUGAAGGAGGCUACGAGAAGGGCGGACAUUUUGACAAGGGACACAAAGCCGGUGGCUUCCAUGAACAUGAGCAUGGUAACAAGGGGUCCUACGAAAAGGGAGGUCACCACAAUGACCAUAAAGGGCAUCACGAAGAGGGAGCCGGCCACGAGUACUGGGGACACGACGAGGGUCAUGGAAGCAAAGGGGGCCAUGAACAGCACAAGGGCUGGGGCUGGAAAGGACACAAAUAAUUUUAAUUUUACGCAUUGAUUAAUGUAAAUCAGGCUAUUUGUUAUUGUUGAUACUUUGUGAUACGCAAAUAAAUAUUAAUUUAUUUAGCUAUGA